AUGGCAGGCCUCAGCGUACUCCUAUCCGUACUCUACAGCCUAGCUCUGGCCGCCGACUCGCCAAAUAAGACAACCGUAUCGCCUCCCUUCAAUUACACCCGCAUCGACGCCGACCUGCGGUUCCUGCCCCCGCCUGACAGCACGUUCCUUCGUCGAGAAUGGAUCAGUGGCAUCAUGCCUCAGGCCUGCCGCGACUUUGCCAUCCUGAAGAACUUGACACUCGGUGACUUCAGCGUGUACGAGUUUGUCUUUGCGGAUUGUGCUAGGCCGUGGGUCAUGUGCCAGCACAAGGAAUCGUCUGUCAAGAUUAACGAUCUUGCCUAUACAAUCUCCACAACCCCGGUUCUGAUGCGCCAGCGCGUCCGCCACUACAUGGCCGUGGGCAACACGCACGACGGGGCGGCGGCGACGUGGAGCAAGGGCGACAUCGCGUUCCGCCUGGACUUCACCCAGCCCAGCAUCGUGCUGCACGAGACGUCGCACGGCAUGGACCACCUAGCGCUCAACGACUUUGGCAGCCCCUUCAGCGCGACCGACGCCUGGCGCAAGAACAUCGCCGCCGACGCCGCCGUCGUCUCCGACUACAGCAACGUCAACUGGAAGGAGAACUUUGCCGAGAGUACCGUCAUCGCCAUCUACGACCGCGCCAUGAAGAUGAGCGGCGGUGGCGGCGUCGAGGCGAUUCAGGGGAGCUGGCGACAGGUGUAUCACGCCUAUACCGUCGUCCAGGCCUUUCUGGGUGACCAAAUCUGGAGGAACUCGGAGAAGAAGAAAUGCUGGAUGCGGUACGUGGACUCAGACGUCGUCUUCGCCGUGAACGGCUCAAAGUUCGACACUCAGCAGCUGCUGCUGCCCACCUCGGACGUGCAGGUGAUGGAACUCCCCGACCAUAUCCAAGAAAUUGAAGAGCUGCUGGACGAGGCGACGAGUUUCGACGCUGCCGGCGGCACGCAUGAGAUGCCCACCUUCGUGGAGGAGGAGCCAGAGCGAUGUGAGCUAAUUCAGUCCUCGCCUGCCUUCUUCUCGUCAGAAUGUGUCUUCAGGGUCAAAGGCAGUGUACUUUCAAUGUGA